CUACAAUAUUUGAAAUUGUGACUGGAGGUGCCAAGAAGCAAGCGAAGGAGAAAUCAACAGUUUCAACACAUCAGAGCACCAAUAAAUCUAAGUCAGGCACAAAAGGGCGAGGGUCUGAAUCUAGCAAAUACUCGAACAAACUACAAGCAAAAGAUGAGGAUGAGGGAUUGGACGAGGAAGAUGAUGAGGAGGAACAUGGGGAAACUCUGUGCGGAGCAUGUGGGGAGAAUUAUGCUUCUGAUGAGUUCUGGAUUUGUUGUGACAUAUGUGAAAAGUGGUUUCACGGCAAGUGUGUGAAGAUCACCCCUGCCAGAGCUGAGCACAUCAAGCAAUACAAAUGCCCCUCAUGCAGCAACAAGAGAGUGCGGCCUUGACAAUAAAGAGGUGGGCAAGUUCUCACCUCACAUAAUUAUAUCAUGCUAGUCAGGAGCUAACUGUUUAUUUGGUCAGUUUCUCUUCUUUGUGGCAAGCUAUGUAUUAGGUACCCUAGACCUUGGAACCGUAAGUUGGAUAGUUUUAAUGUUUGAUAGUUUGCAGGCUUUGAACCGUGUAUUUUAUUUGACUCUAAAUUGGAAAUGUAAUAUUCCCUGUUUAGGAGAGAUCUCAAUUCUCCAUUUAAAGAAUUUACCCCAAUUUGGCAUGAGAAAGGUGGACGGACAUCUUGGUUGGCAAGGGUAUCUUCUGUGCCAAACCUACAACACAUCCCAAGUCUCGACGUACCUCUCCCAGCUGAGCAAUACCAGAAUUCUUCGGGAGAGUAUCACCCAUAUCUCCGCCGUGGAUUUUGAUGGAGGACUCCACCAAGGACAAGAACCCAUAGGCUCUACAAUUCGCUCUCUAAAUCUUUCUACUUGCGUAUUUGGUGUUUCCCAUGGUUUGAUUCUCCUUGGUGUUGAUUUUGUUCGGUUUAACUAGAGGCGUUCAUAUCCGUUCUAAUCCGAUUAAUCAAACUUGAACUAAUCC